AGCAAUCCAUCGCCCACCUGCAGUGUCGAUCGGAGCUCUACUGAUCCGGCCUGGGCGGCUUUCCGCGGAGCCCCCGCCUCGCGACGCGGUUGGCGCCACCUACAGCCCGGGCGGGGGAGCGCCAUGGCGGCUUCCAGCCCGCUCCCGGCGGCCCAGGACUUGCCCACGUUGCGUGCCAAGUUGCAGGGGCUGCUGCGGUUCCUGAGGCAAGCCCUGUCCAUUGCCAACGCACACACCGUGGACUUCUACACGGAGUCCGUGUGGGCGCAACUGGUCGACGUGCCUCCGGAGACUGUGCUGGAGGUGCUGAGGGCCACGGCGACGGCGGAGGACCGGCCCUCGGAGGCGCGCCCCCUGGCGGAGGCCGAGGGAGGAGCAGGUAUUACUGGUUUUUCCAAAAUAUUUUGUGAAACUUCCCAGAAGCUAGUUAGUGUGGAAGCCUUUGCUCUGGCUGCGAAAUAUUAUUCUAUACAAAACUUGGGAAUAUGUACUCCUUUUGAGCAAUUGCUUGUAGCCCUUCGAGGAAAUAAAGAAGAGAAAACUGGUGACAAUGUGAAGCCAGAUGAGUUUAUGAAUUUGAAAAAAUCUCACGAAGUUCAGGCAAUGUCAGAGCUGAUCAGCAGUAUUGCUGAUUACUGUGGGAUAAAACAGGUAAUUGACCUGGGUUCUGGAAAAGGCUACCUAAGUUCCUAUUUGUCCCUGAAGUAUGGCUUAAAAGUUUACGGAAUCGAUUCCUCAAAUAUCAAUACUCAUGGAGCUCAGGAGAGAAACAGGAAGCUGAAGAAACAUUGGAAAGUCUAUCAUACUCGGUCAAACUUAGAUGUCAAUGACCUGGCAUUAAAAAUGGCAAAAGAAAAGAAAAUGCAAGAUCAAGUUAAAAAUAAAGCAGAUAUUGAGGGAGUAUGUAACAACAGUCCUGCAAAUCAAGAAAUGAUGUCUACAUCAGAUUUUUUGCCAGACUUUUCGAGCUCUGUUAUUUCUAACAUCAGAAAACAAAUGGAAAACCUACAUGUUCAUUCCCAUCGAGAAGAAAAUUUGUGUUUUGAGAAUGCCUUUUCUCUUAUAGACUUUUUGCCUGUUAAUGCCAUUGAACCUACUUCUUCCUCCCAAAUACUCAAGAGAAAAAUGUCUGAAGCAAAUAGAGAGAGAAGAAAAACAACAUCCAAUUCAAAUGAAUCAAAUAUAUACUCACCUUUAACAUCUUUUAUUACUGCUGAUUCAGAACUACAUGAUAUUAUUAAAGAUCUGGAGGAUUGCUUGAUGGUAGGUCUACAUACUUGUGGUGAUCUUGCUCCAAAUACUCUACGAAUAUUUACUGCCAAUUCUGAAAUCAAGGGAGUUUGCAGUGUGGGUUGUUGCUACCACCUCUUAUCUGAAGAAUUUGAAAACCCACAUAAAGAAUGUACCCAAGAAAAGUGGGGAUUUCCAAUGUGCCACUAUUUAAAGGAAGAGAGAUGGUCGUGUGGUCGCAAUGCCAGAAUGUCAGCAUGUUUGGCACUGGAGCGGGUUGCAGUUGGCCAAGGGCUGCCUACUGAAUCACUCUUCUAUCGUGCUGUCCUUCAGGAUAUUAUUAAAGAUUGUUAUGGCAUCACCAAAUGUGAUCGAUAUGUUGGUAAAAUUUAUUCCAAAUCCUCUUCCUUUCUGGAUUAUGUCAGAAAGUCUCUAAAGAAGCUUGGAUUAGAUGAGUCCAAGCUGCCGGAAAAAAUGAUAAUGGACUACUAUGAGAAGUAUAAGCCUAGAAUGAAUGAGCUGGAAGCUUUUAAUAUGUUGAAAGUUGUUCUGGCUCCUUGUAUAGAAACAUUGAUUCUUCUGGAUCGACUUUGCUACCUGAAAGAGCAGGAAGAUAUUGCAUGGUCAGCACUUGUGAAGUUGUUUGAUCCUGUGAAAUCUCCCAGAUGUUAUGCUGUUAUUGCUCUGAAGCAGCAGCAAUGAUGUCAAUAGAAGCAAGGUAUUAGAUGUAUCUGUUUGUGGAACCUAUUCCUAAUUUUUCUUUUCUAAACAUUUAUGUCAUGUUAUGUAAAUAUUUUUAAAACAUUGCCUUCCUUGUAUUUGAAAUAAACAAUAAAAUAAUAGCUAACAACA